CUCACGAAUUGUCGUACACUAGAUGGGUCUACUCGACAAGCUUCGCUGGUCUAGAAAGACAACUGACAUCUCAGCUACGGAUAUGGUGGUGUUUAUCGUGGGUCCUUCUGGCUCAGGAAAGAGUCGGUUUAUGGAUAUCCUCUUGCAGAACGCAAACGUUCAUGCCGUUCGUGCAAAUAAAGGCCAGAGACCUGGCACUACAGAAGUUUAUGCGGAAAGGUGCCGUUUCGAAGGGAUGCAGAGCGACAUCGUCCUUGUGGACACGCCAUCAUUUCACACGUACGAGGACCCGGAUGGCGAGGAAACCUUGAAGAAGUGGAUGGAUUCAAAGUGCACGAAAUGCAAAAGAGCUGGAAUGCUAUACACACAUAACAUCGCAUCGAACCCACACGACGGAAACUUGGUCAUCUCGAGGCAUCUCGAGGCCUUCAGACGUACGCUUCCUCGAAAUCUCACCAUUAACACCGUCCAUGUUGUUCCAACGGUGGCUUUUGGAGCAAGAUUACCUGCCGAGACGAUUGAUGCUUUAGUAACACGACUCCAAGGCCAGGCGGACGGUGUAGGCGCAAAAAUGUCCAAGACGCCGUUUGACGGAAAACCCGAGACGGCAUGGGACGUUGUGCAGGAGCUUCUGAGUAGAUGUGGACUUUUGAUAGGAAGGUGAAGUUCUUAGCCGGCGUAAAGUCGCCAUCGCACGAGUAUACAUUGCCUUCUGAAACACAAGCUAGUAUCGUAGGAAUGUUUUCAGUGCUAUACACAAUACAUAUCCGCCUCGGUGAUGGACAAUACUACAAGCCAUUGAGUUGAUCAUAAUUUACAGUCUUGGGUUGUGGAGAAAAUAUGCGAUAGUAUGCUAGUGGAGGAUUCACAAACACCAACCUGUGGUAUGCGUGUAGCUAAUCUGAAGCGUGGGAUAUGGCUUUCGUGACGGGUUGUACAGGUUCUCUGGGGACGCCGCAACUGCAACUAUCCUAAUAGAUGACUGUAAGAUAACAACCCCAAGACGCAAAGAAAGGGACAGAGUACGCACAAUCUCUAAGCUCCGCUUCAAUGCUCCUAAGCUAUCAUCCACGGCGCGGAGGCCCGUUCUCAAGCAGGGCGUCGACUGCAAAAGUUGUCAGUUACGGGAAAAACAUGAGGAGGUCGCUUCACGCA